AUGGCUGCUUCCAUGGAGAAUAACGUGCAUCCGAAAAUUGGACCAGAUAUAUCCGUAUUUAUGAAAGGAGGCAGUAAUAUGCUAGGAUUCCGUCCGUUAUUUUCGCGUGACUCAAAGUGUCUAUUCAUAAUACAAGGAUCUUCCAUCCUUGUCUACAACACAAAUAGUGGAGAGCAUAUUAGGCAACUCUGCAAGCACACACAGCAAAUUGUCGGCAUACAGAUUUAUCCGAGAAAUCAUUUACAGCUCGUUUCCUGCUCUUCAGAUGGUACAGUCAUUCACUGGGACUAUACAGAUGGUGUUGUGCUGAAGGAAUACAAUUUGCAAUGCAAAGUUUUUGCCUUCUUCAUGCCCUUUGAAGACAACUCCAUAUGCUUCAUUACGAAAAAUAAAUACAAGGAUGAGGAAAACAUUGUGCUGCUCCGUGUAAGGUUCAGUGCUAAUGAACACCGCGAAAAACGCUUCCUUAUGAAGAACCUUCUGCCAGAUGAGAAGUCUAUAACAUUUGGAAAUAAGGGAGAGUAUGUUGCUGCUGUAAAUGGCGAGAAGCUGUAUGCGUAUCACGUUAAAACUGAAUCGAUCCGUCGACAUCUCCUCGGAGGAGAUCGACACUUCACGUGCAUCGCAGCUCACCCAACAGAGACGUGUCUGGCCACAGGAGACGACUCGGGACGAAUUCUUCUUUGGUACAACUUUAUGAUUGUAAACCAACCAGCAAAAUCUGUUCUUCACUGGCAUUCACUGCCAGUGACUGGGAUCAGCUUUACUGUAGAAGGUUCCCAUCUGUACAGCGUAGGAGGUGAGAACGUUCUUGUAAAGUGGACGAUGGGGCAGACGCAGCAUAGGGAGUUCCUGCCACGUCUAGGCGCUCCUAUCAAGCAUUUGUCGAUCUCAUCCGACAGCUUCAUGCUUGCAACGUGCCACCUUGACAACUCAAUUCAGAUUAUCAGCUCACACCUGACUAUCACACAAGUCAUUCAGGGCAUCACUCAUAACCAUGUCAAACAGGAAUCAAGUGGAACUCUUCCUGUUGGGCUUGUGUACGACUCAAGGAGUGCAGCACUGGUGCUAAAUGGCAAGGUUGGACAUUUGCAGUUUUACUCCGUUCAGACUGACAAGCAGUUGUACAACCUGGACAUCGUCGGUCAGAAUGUGGUGUCAGGGGCUAGUCAGAAUUCACCUAUCAUCUACACGGAAGUGGAGCGAGCAGCGUUUAGUGAUUCUGGACAGUGGCUAGCGACCGUGCAAAGACGUGCAGACGGAUGGAGUCAACAGGAGAUCUCGCUGAAGUUCUGGCAGUACGACAAUAGUUCCCAAACGUACUUGUUGAACACGAAGGUCGAUCUUCCACACAUGGAAAAGGUGAACAAGCUUUUGUUUCAACCGGGCAGUGCUGUCAACACACCACUAGCUGUGACAACCAGCGAUGAUACCAAGUUCAAGAUCUGGGGUCUAGUUGACGACACUGAUAUAUAUCGGGAGCGUAACUGCUGGGCGUGCGAGUCGUGUGGCUACUACAAGAGCUCGGCCGCCACCGAGGCAGCGUUCUCCGAUGAUGGCUCCCUGCUCGCGGUCGUGUUUGACCAGAUGGCAACGCUGUGGACCCCCGAAAACAAUGCCCUGAAGGUGGCGCUGUCGAUCCCUGGCUGCCAGGAUAACAUCAGGCAUGUACUCUUUGGUAAUAAAGGUGCAGCUCAUCUAUUACUAAGUGGAACACAGACCAAGCUGGUUGUUUGGAACCUCCUCACAUUCUGCAUUGAGUGGUGUGUGGAGCUGCAGGUUGUAGCGUUAGCUGGAGAUCCGAUGUCAGACCUCGUAGCAGGUAUCACAAAAGAUUCAACGUUGUAUGUCUAUCGUCUGGGCAGUUCUACUCCUGUCUACACCCAUGAAAACGUAUCAACAUCACCUGUGCUAUCAGCCAUAUUUCUGCCAAAUGCACUCGAAUGGAAGAGGAAAUCUUCAACCCUGCUCUGGCAACAGACAUCUCAGUUGUACUUCAUGAACGAAAACCAGGAGUUACUAACCAUCAACGAGUCAUCUGGCGGAGUAGGUGAAGCUCGUGAACAAGGAGUAAAGAUAGAGGGAAACUUGCCGUUAACGCCAUUCGGUCAGCUGCUCGCGAAAAAGACAAAGACGGGUGUUGAGAGCGUUCAGCGUCAACGACACGUUCAGCUAGGCAACCCUGGUUCUGAUGCUGUCAUAGAUAUGCUAGGUGGACCUUCACACACCCUAGCUCCAGUAGAGAGCCUAUGUUUGCCCUUCCUGACUGCAUUGCUCAUACCAAAACCAGACAGUAAAGCCACUCAACAUGAAGAUGAAGACAAACCCAGAGCACCUUCUGCAGAGGCAAGCAGCAGCGACUCCGAUUCUGAGACAAAGGUGCAGAAGAAGCAGCGUAAGCUUAAGAGACCCAUGAAGCUAGACUCAGUACAACGAGAUUCGGCGCAUCUACCACCGCCUACAAAUGCCAAGCAGAACGAAGCGCAUCUGUGGAAGGUAGCUGAAGAAAACUUUGAUUGGUUAGGCUCCUGCUUUUAAACUUAUAGGAGAUGCGUUUUUAGUGGGCACAGUGCAGACUACAUGGAUAACGUGAAUGGAUGACUCACAGACGUCAUUGAUAACAAAACUCGCGGAGAAGACGUUCUUAAUUGGUGCUGUUUACUGUUUACACAGAACACGCAUGGAAAUUUCUAUGUGAGUGAGACCUAUAUAUAGCUUCAAAAUGCUUGCUGAUGUAAAUAGCUGUCUGCAGUAACUUUACGACUUUAGCUACAUCAUGUUAGAAAAUAUCAUUAUGUUACUAGUGGCGUGAUCGUAAGUUGAGCACUGCUUUACUGCAGGCUGCUUUAAUUGUCACAGCUAGUUGAUUCUGGAAACUGAUAUUUCAGAUGAUAUGUGUGUAAAUGCAAUAGGCAACUAUUGCAUUAUCUUUUAUAUUAAUAACAUGUAUAUAAGAGACAAA